AUGAGCGGAAAGACAUUCAACGUUGGUGUCGUGGGAUAUGGCAUGUCUGCCAAAAUCUUUCACAUCCCCUUCCUCACUCAAACUCCCCAAUUCAAACUCCACGCAAUCGUCCAACGAUCUCCCAAAGAGGGUAACUCAGCGCCCGCUGACUAUCCUGAUAUCAAGCACUACACAGACUACAAAGAUCUCUUCGCCGACUCUGCAGUCGAUCUUGCUGCUCUCGAAUCUGGAAAGCAUGUCUUGACUGAGAAGCCUUUUGUUCCUACUUCUGCUGAGGCUGAUAAGCUUAUUGAGAUUGCCAAGAAGAACGGAAAGCUUCUUAUUGUUUAUCAGAACAGACGAUGGGAUGCUGACUUUGUUACCCUCAAGAAGAUUAUCUCCGAGGGAACACUUGGUCGCAUCAUUCAGUUCGAUAACCACUUUGAUCGUUAUCGUCUUGUGCCCUCAAAGAACUGGAAGCUAGACCUCCCCCUUUCCCAAGGCGGAAGUGCUCUUUACGACCUGGGAACUCAUCUCAUUGAUCAAGCUUACGUUCUCUUCGGCAAGCCCCAGUCCGUCCACGGCCGUCUCCUCUCUCAACGCGAGGGCAAGUUCGACUUUGAGAACCCAGACGGUGUUUCAGCAGAGUUAACCUACCCCGACGGUCUCCUCGUCAACAUCCGCAUCAGCGUUCUCAGUGCUGAACUCGAGCAGCCUCGCUUCUGGGUCCGUGGUACAAAGGGAAGUUUCCGCAAGCUCGGUCUCGACACACAAGAAGAUGCGCUCAAGGCUGGCGCGAAAGCCACUGAUGCGGACUUUGGAAAGGAAGAUCUAGCUCGGUAUAAGUUGGUUGUCGUUGAUGAUAAUGAGAAGGCUAAGGAGCAGACUAUUUCAUCUAUUGAGACACCUACUUACAAGGCUUUCUAUGCUCAGCUCGGUAAGGCUAUUGAGAGUGGAAAGGAGGAAGAUGUUCCUGUGAAGGCAACUGAGGCGAGGGAUGUUUUGCAGAUUAUUGAGGGUGUUUUUGAGAGUGCCAAGACAGGCAAGGAUGUCACUUUUGCUUAG